AGGGAGCUAUAUAUUCCCAUCUCACCGCUCACCGCGCAGACGCCGACAGGCUCCCCGCCCACCUCUGCCCCCUCCAGGAUCACAGAUUCUGUUCCAGGAGCUCCAGACAGCGUCAAGACACCAUGGAUUCACUCAGUGGACCAAUCACCCACUUUGGAGUCGAUCUGUACCAACAGAUCAGACAGAGAUCAAGAGGGGAUAAUAUCUUCUAUUCCCCCCUCAGCAUCAUGUCAGCAUUUGGCAUGCUUUACUUGGGGUCCCGAGGAAACACUGCUGCACAACUUCAGAAGGCCCUUCACUUUAAGGAAGUCGCAGAGAACCCAACAGCAGGAGCCACAGCGGAUCCCGUUGAAAAUCCAGAAAAUCAUCACUUUCAAAAGCUUUUGACUGAAUUAAACAAACCCACCGACGCCUAUGAGCUGAACAUCGCCAACAGGCUCUAUGGCAGAAAGGAGUUUCCCUUUCUUCAGGAAUACAUGGAUAAUGUGAAGAACUUGUACCUAGCCAGUGUGGAAUCUGCUGAUUUUGUGAAUGCUCCAGAAGAAAGUCGAAAGAUGAUUAAUUCCUGGGUGGAAAGGCAAACUAAUGAAAAAAUCAAGAAUCUAUUUCCCAAAGAUUCUAUUGACAGCUCCACCGUUCUGGUGCUGGUGAACGCCAUCUAUUUCAAAGGGCAGUGGCACCAGAAAUUUAAGGAGGAAAACACUGUCAAGGAAAAAUUUUGGCUGAGCAAGGAUACAAGCAAAUCUGUGCAGAUGAUGAAAGAAACCAACACCUUCAAUUUCACCUCCCUGGAGGACAUGCAAGUCAAGAUCCUGGAGAUACCGUACAAAGGCGAGGAGCUAAGCAUGAUGCUGCUGCUGCCCAAUGAAGUAGAUGGACUGCAGAAGCUGGAAGAUAAACUCACUGCUGAGAAAUUAUUAGAGUGGACGAGCUCACAGAAUAUGUGGAAGAGUCAAGUGGAUUUACACUUACCUCGGUUCAAAGUGGAAGAGACCUAUGACCUCAAGGCCAUACUGGUAGCCCUGGGGGUGGUGGACGCCUUCAAUUCUCAGAAGGCUGACUUCUCAGGCAUGACUAGGAAAAACAACCUGGUGGUGUCUAAAGCCUUGCACAAGUCCUUUGUGGAGGUGAAUGAGGAGGGCACGGAGGCUGCAGCGGCCACAGGCAUCAUUGUGGUUACAAAAUCAUUACCAGUACCACAUUAUGAACAUUUCCAUUGUGAUCACCCUUUCCUGUUCUUCAUCAGACACAACAAGACCAACACCAUCCUCUUCUUGGGCAGAGUCUCUUCCCCUUAGAUGUGAUUACCCUUGCACGGCCCUAGGGGCACAUGCACAGAGUCCUUCUGAUACACUCAUUGCUGGAAGCAACAGGUUCUCCUUGAUGUGUUUCCCUUUCCAACCUCAUGGUCAUCACUAAGAAUCUAACCAUUGAAAUAGCAUGUUUGUCUGUCUUUCUCUUUCUACAAUCACAUGUUGGCCUACUUUAUUUCCCCAUGAUAAUUUUGCUUCAGACAAAAUCUCCAAAAUGUGUUACAAGUAUACUUCAAUACUUUAUCUUAAUCUAAGUUUGAAAUAUCCUAUCUGCUAUUUCAGAAAAUUAUAGCUACUAUUCAAACCUAUUGACCUAGACACACACAUGUAUUUGAAUUUUGGUGGUAUGUGGGACACUUACCUGUCCUCAUCUCUUGGUUUUAUGAAAUACAUUAUCAAUAAAACAAUGAUUUAUUCAUA